AUGUCGGAUACAUUCUCUUCCAUACCUAUAAUUGACUGGCGUCGGUUACAAGACCCAAGUACGAAAAGCGCUGCUCUGAACGAUCUUCGCGACGCGAUUUUUGUCGUCGGCUUUCUCUACCUGACGAACCAUGGACUGGAAGAUCUCAUAACCCAGGCUCACGCAAAGCUCCCAGAGCUCUUUGAUCUCCCGGAUGAAGUCAAGGCGAAAUGCGAUAUGAUCAAUUCCCCGUCUUUUGUCGGAUACACGCGGCUUGGUGCGGAGACAACGGCGAAGAAGACGGACUUGAGAGAGCAAUACGAUUUUGGAACGCCCGGGAUGAACACUUGGACCGAAGAUCAGGACAUCUGGUGGCGACUCGAGGGAAAUAGCCAGUAUCCAGAUGUCCCUGGUGCGAAAGAACUUGUGGAAUCCUACAUUUCCCGAUCCGCUCAACUCUCGCAAGAGUUUAUGAAAUUUGUUUCUGAAUGUCUCUCGCUUCCACUCGACACUUUCGCCGCCUUCAAGGGAAAUAUGGACAGGCUGAAGUUCAUCAAAUAUCCCAAGUCGCCGCCAAACUCCCAAGGCGUCGGCCCACACAAGGAUUCGUCCGGAUUAUUUACUUUCCUCUCGCAGGACGAUACUGGUGGGCUGCAGGUCUUGAAUAAGAACGGCGAGUGGAUUGAUGCGCCACCCAUCGAGGGAAGUCUUGUCGUCAACAUCCAGCAAGGCCUUGAAGCUAUCACCGGUGGGAUCUGCGCCGCGACAACCCAUCGAGUUAUUUAA